AUGGCAUCAGGACUGAACAGAGCAGGAAAGGUACUGAUCUACGAAAAAGGUGCCAAACCGAGAGCCUGCAUCGUAUUUAACAAAAAUAUUAACUUCUUGCCUGUUACAGAACUAUGCAGUGAAGACCAAGUAGCUGCCUACGUCGAUCUCAAAGGGAGAGGAGCACUCAAGGUAAUAGUCUGCUCCGCCUACCUGCCCGGAGAGAAGCAAGAUCCCACAGAAGAACUGACUAAAGUGCUGGAGUACGCUCAAGCACAAAAGGCGGAACUUAUUGUGGGAUGUGACGCCAACGCCCACCACACCAUCUGGGGGAGCACAAAUGCACUGGCUAACUCCAACAAAGUCAUACUUAGAUGGGUACCAGGGCACUCCGACAUUAUCGGAAACGAAGAAGCGGACGAACUUGCUAGAAAGGGCGCAGACACACCCCUGGUCGGCCCAGAACCGUUCUGUGGAAUCACAAAACGGGAUGCAUAUUCUCUGCUCAGCAACUUAGAAAAAACAAGAGCAAUCGAUUGGUGGAAAUUCGUCAAAGGACAAGAACACUCGAAAGCUCUAAUCAAAGGGUUCAACAACAAAUUUGCUAAGGAGCUCUUAGAGCUCAAAAGACAUAAAACCUGCGCGGUGACCAGAAUAUUGACUGGACACUGUAAGUUGAACAAACACAUGUUUCAAAUUGGGAAGAAACAAGACGCGACAUGCAGGUUCUGCCAUGAGUCAGAGGAGACUGCAAUGCACAUUCUCUGCUCCUGUGGACCACUAAUGUCAAAAAGAAGUACCCACUUAGGGCGGCACGUAUUGCAACCCUAUGAGGUACAGAACAUUACGGCCCAAAGAAUCUGGAAUUUCCUGGAUUCAACGGGCAUCAGUAAUGAACUUUAAAGGGCUGUCACAAUAGAUCACUACCUGGUCGAAGUGGCACUCAAAGGCCCGAAACCCCAAU